AUCGGUUGUUUUGUCCGCCGAUCUGCCCUUGGGAAACUGUUGUUCAGACGGUUGAAUGAAUGAAAAAGACAUUGCUAACAAAGAGCGUACUGGGCAGUCUGGAGUCCUCACUGUUUUUCUAAAAUCUUGGAAACUUUGUCUCCAUUGAAUUCCGACACUGUCCACCUUUAAUUCCCUCGAAAACGCCUGUAACUCGGCUGAAGCCAUGCCCUGUGUUCAGGCUCAGUAUGGGUCAUCGCCUCAAGGAGCCAGCCCAGCUUCCCAGAGCUACAGUUACCACUCUUCAGGAGAAUACAGCUCCGAUUUCUUAACUCCAGAGUUUGUCAAGUUUAGCAUGGACCUCACCAACACUGAAAUCACUGCCACCACUUCUCUCCCCAGCUUCAGUACCUUUAUGGACAACUACAGCACAAGCUACGACGUGAAGCCACCUUGCUUGUACCAAAUGCCCCUGUCCGGACAGCAGUCCUCUAUUAAAGUGGAAGACAUUCAGAUGCACAGCUACCAGCAACACAACCACCUCCCCCCUCAGUCGGAGGAGAUGAUGCCUCAUUCUGGCUCCGUUUACUACAAGCCUUCGUCGCCCCCGACUCCCACCACCCCCGGCUUCCAGGUGCAGCACAGCCCCAUGUGGGACGACCCUGGCUCCCUCCACAACUUCCACCAGAAUUACGUGGCCACCACCCACAUGAUCGAGCAGAGGAAAACGCCUGUGUCCAGGCUCUCCUUAUUCUCAUUUAAGCAAUCACCCCCAGGAACCCCAGUGUCCAGCUGCCAGAUGCGAUUUGACGGGCCCCUCCACGUGCCCAUGAACCCCGAGCCAUCCGGGGCCCACCAUGUAGUCGAUGGCCAGACAUUUGCAGUGCCCAAUCCCAUCCGCAAACAGGCAUCCAUGGGCUUCCCAGGGCUACAGAUUGGCCAUGCUUCCCAGCUGCUGGACACCCAGGUGCCAUCCCCUCCCUCCCGGGGGUCUCCAUCCAACGAGGGCCUCUGUGCAGUGUGCGGGGACAACGCGGCCUGCCAGCACUACGGAGUGCGCACCUGUGAGGGCUGCAAAGGGUUCUUCAAGCGCACUGUCCAGAAAAACGCAAAAUACGUGUGUUUAGCAAAUAAAAACUGCCCAGUUGACAAACGCCGCAGAAAUCGCUGUCAGUAUUGUCGGUUUCAAAAGUGCCUUGCAGUUGGCAUGGUCAAAGAAGUGGUUCGCACAGACAGUUUAAAAGGCCGAAGGGGUCGCUUACCAUCCAAACCGAAGAGCCCCCAGGAGCCCUCUCCCCCCUCUCCCCCGGUGAGUCUGAUCAGUGCCCUGGUGAGAGCCCAUGUCGACUCCAACCCGGCUAUGAGCAGCCUGGACUAUUCCAGGUUCCAGGCUAACCCUGACUACCAGAUGAGUGGAGAUGACACUCAGCAUAUCCAGCAGUUUUAUGAUCUCUUGACCGGCUCCAUGGAGAUCAUCCGAGGAUGGGCAGAAAAAAUCCCUGGUUUCACUGACCUCUCUAAACCAGACCAGGACCUCCUCUUCGAAUCCGCUUUCUUGGAACUGUUUGUGCUGCGGCUAGCAUACAGGUCCAGCCCAGUGGAGGGCAAGCUUAUCUUUUGCAAUGGGGUGGUCCUGCACAGGUUGCAAUGUGUCCGUGGCUUUGGAGAAUGGAUUGAUUCCAUUGUUGAAUUCUCCUCCAACUUGCAAAAUAUGAACAUCGACAUAUCUGCCUUCUCAUGCAUCGCUGCCCUGGCUAUGGUAACAGAGAGGCACGGGCUAAAGGAACCCAAGAGGGUGGAAGAACUUCAGAACAAGAUUGUAAAUUGUCUCAAAGACCAUGUGACUUUCAAUAACGGAGGUUUGAAUCGCCCCAAUUAUUUGUCCAAACUCUUGGGGAAGCUCCCUGAACUUCGCACCCUUUGCACACAGGGGCUGCAACGCAUUUUCUACCUGAAACUAGAAGAUUUGGUGCCACCUCCAGCAAUAAUCGACAAACUUUUUCUGGACACUUUACCUUUUUAA